UUAGUUUAGUUGGCCAUGGCACUGCAGUCAGUUGAAAACCCAAGUAGAUGAGCUGCCCGAUUGCUGAUUGAAUAAUUUUGAAAGCGAUUAUGGAUCUAUGUCUACAGGGCUCGCAGAUAAACCUCGCCACACGACAGAAACUGAAACCGAAGUACAACAGUCGCUCGUUGACGACUCUCCACAAUCCGAGUCCGCUCUUGCGGCGUCCCCGCUCGGCAAACUUCCUGCAGCAACGCAGUCGUUCCUCGCCCUUCCUGGGACGACCACAGUCGGCGGAUCCAAAGUUCGGACAACGGCUAAGCAUCUACUUCAACGAGAAGGAGCUCAAGUGUCACAGCAAGCGUCAAGUGUCUUCCAACGAUUUGCUCAAGUCCCUGCUGGGGGAGCCCAUCAAGCGGAGCUGGUUGUGCCGCAGCGCGUGCAACUCCUCCGAGUCGGACUUCUCCUCGCACAAGCGCACCCCGGACAGCAGCGAGGAGGGGGAGCAGCAGCAUCAGCAGCAGCUGGAGCGCUUCCUGGUGAACAUGCCCGCGGGUGGGGAUAAGAACAACAAAUCCUUUGCUUCCAACUGGAUGACGCAGGGUCAGAGUCUGGGUCUGGGUCUGGGUCUCAGCAAUGCGGCGCUGCUGCAGAAGACAGCCAAGCCGGAUCUUCCAGGUCGGGUGUCCUUCAGCAAGCCCAGUGCCACCAACCAGCACGAUGCCGACUCCAGCGACUGCGACAACGACAAGCAGGAGCCACGGCCGAGCAUCUCUGCCCCCGGCCCCCUCACUCUGCCCAGCUUCCAUGGCAGCAAGGCGGAGCCGCCGGAUGCGUCGCUCCAGAAGAAAUCCGUGCACUUUGGCUCCACCGCAGCCGAGGGCGAGGUUCUGGCCGAGACGUACGAGUACCCCAAGUGCCCCUCGGAGAACUGCACCUGCAGCACGCGCUCCUCGUCCACAACCAGCACGAAUGAGGCCUCCGCCGCUGAGGUCAGGUGCGCCUGCGAAGCCCCCAGCUGUCGCUACAUGGCGUCUGGACCGCUGCUGGAUCUCGCACUGCCCGCUCCUCCACCGUCAGCUGCGGCUGUUCAAGCUGCCCCCAAGGCCGCCACGCCAGAGCUGAACGUGAUCAGGGAGUACAAGCAGGCGGUGGGGGUGCAGCUGGUGAGGAACAACAUUGAGCCGCUGCCCAGCUAUCUGGACAAGUAUGCUCCACUCCCACUCCCACUUCCAGUUGCAGUUGCAGCCCCGCCAGCGGCCAAGGAUAAGCAAAACAAUCUUUCCGAGAGCAAAAACCUGGCCCCUGUCCUUCCUAGUGGAUCUCCCAAGAACAACAGCAAUGGUGGAACCUACAGAACUGCCAGUGCCAGCGGUCGAAACUUUGGGGCCGAGAACAACUUUCUGCCCGCGGUGAUCCCGGACGAUCGACGACAGUAUGGAAAUGGCAAUGGGAGCGGCAACAGCAACAGCAACGCAGAUUCUGUCAUUAGCAACUACCUAAAGGUGGCAUCCACUCCGCCAUUUGUGGGUAAAAAGAAGGAGAAUGUAAAGCCCGCCAGUGCAGAGGGCAACAGAAGCAACAACAACAAAACGAAGCUUCCAAAGACGGGAAUAGCUCCAGCUGGGAAGACCCUCAAGAAGGCGGUGAGUGUGGGCAGCUUGCGGGAGGAGCGAAAGCUCAGUGAAUAUAAUCUGGACAAGGUGGACAGCUGGAUGAGCAUGCAGGAGCAGAAGCAGGCAAUGGCGCAGUUUGAGGAAAUGCACAAGCAGGGCCUGGAUCUGGAUGAGGGCAAUGACAUUGACAGUGGAUCGCAGCUUUCCCUCAAGUCAAAUGAGGACUCUAGGGACUCUACCUACGAUGAGAUUGUGUCGGUAAUCAAGGAGAUUGAAGAGGACAAGAAGAGAGAUAAUUAUGCCGAACGUCUGCCCAGUGACCUGAAGCUCAACCUGAAAUUGGAUUCGCGGUGCGAGACUGCCGAGACGGUGACGCUGAGUGAUGGACCUGUCCAGGAGAGCGGCGACAAGUACAAGGACAUUUUGGCAUAUCUGAACAAUGUGGAGAGCAGCUGUGACAAGACGCUGAUGGAGACGCGUCGCUCCAUGCCGGAUAGCAAUCGCUCGGAGGUGGAGUUUGUCGUGGAGCCCGACAUCACAGACGAAGUGCCCAAACUAUCGGAGCUGCUGAUGCUGCCCAAUCAUCAGCUGGCGCGGCGCGUCAUCGGCCUGAGUCUGCGGGCCAACGAGCUGGCCAACGCCAUACACCUGUCCAAGGAGCAUGUGAUGCAGUUGCGCGAGGAGAAGCAAAAGUCACUGCGUGCCGAGAAGAGCAGCAAUGCCGGCAAGCUGCGCGACCAGAAGAAACACUACGAGGAGGUGGUCACCCGCCAUCAGGGCUUCAUCGAGCAGCUGCUGAAAGACAAGGGCUCGCUGUGCGAGAAGGUGGCCGCCCUGACGCGUCGCCUGGAGAGCCAGAACCAGGCCUGGGAGCAUCGACUGGAGACGGAGCUGACGCGUACCAAGGAGACGACGCUGGCGGGCGAGAAGAUCCGACGCGAGCGUUGGGUACGCGAGAACACCAAGAAGAUCAAGGAGCUGACGGUGAAGGGCCUGGAGGCGGAGAUCAACAAGAUGAACUGCGACCAUCAGCGGGAGGUGACGGAGCUGAAGCGCGCCCAUCAGAUGCAGUUGCUGGACGCCCUCGAGGAGGCACGCCUGAAGCACGAGCAGAUCGAGACGGGCAUCCGGGAGAGCUGUGCCCAGGAUCGCGAGUCCAUUAUCGAGAAGGAGCGCACAGCCAUCCGAGAGCGUUUCGAGCGCCAGCUGCAGGAGGAGCAGCGAGCCCAGGCGGAGCAGCGGCAAAAGCUGAGCGAAGAGUUCGCCGCCGAGCGGGAGCGCCUGCAGACGGAGCUGCGGCAGAAGGAGGGCGACUAUCAGGCCAAGCGCCAGGAGGCGCAGCGGGAGCAGGACAGCGAGCUGGAACAGGCCAAGUUCGAGAUGCAGGAACGGAUGGCCAAGCAGGAGGAGAAGUACCAGAACCGCAUCAACACCAUCGAGCAGCAGUACCUGUCCGACUUUGAGCUGUGGAAGGCCGAGUACGAGAACAAGUGCAAGCUGGACCAGGCCGAGAAGGAGAAUGCAAUCAGGCAGCACUAUCGGGCGGAGCGGGAUCGCCAGCUGGACGAGCUGGUGGUGCGCAUGGAGGCGGAUGCCUUGCAGAACGGAGAGGAGCACGAGCAGAAGAUUGCUCGCCUCAAGGACAAGUACGAGAAGGACCUAACCCUGGCCGAGAGUGUCGAGAAGUCGCUGCGUGAAAAGUAUGCCGAGACGCGGGGCAAGUUGGCCGAGGCCGAUGCCCAGGUGCGCAACUCCCAGGCGGAGGUACAACAGCUCCAGCUGGAGCUCAGCCACAGCAAGAAGAUGUGCGGCGAUAUCAUCAGUGAGCGGGACAGGCUGCGGGACAAUCUCAAUGCGGACAUUCAGAGCGAGCUGUCGGUCCUCAGUGAGCGUCACAAGCAGGAAAUGGAGCAGCUCCAGAAGCGGGUACACCAAACCAUUCAUCGGCAGGAAGAAACCAUUGAGAUACUCAAGGGCGACAACGAUGGACUGCGCCAGCAGUGCCUCAAGCUCAAUGCUGUCAUCCGGCAGCAGCGCAAGGACUAUUGCGUCAAGUAGUUCCAAUACUAGUAGCUAAAAUAGAUAGAUACGCUUCCAAUAAGUAAAUACAAGAGGAACAAUUAGAAAUGUAA